UCUUUGGAGUCAGAUUUCGAGGAGAAAGCAGCGCCUCCGCAUCUUUCCGGGAGAAAAUCUGCAUCUGUAGUGAACUAGAUCUCAGGUUUCGAUUUCUCUUACCACGUGGUCUACACACCUCGCUCGGCCAGAUGCAGCUGAAACCGCUCGUGGCGACUGUGAUCGUCACGUUCUCGUUGUUGGCGUCCUUGACGAUGGCUUUGACGACCACUGAGCCGUCUUCCACGGCCACGAGGUUGUCGUCAACUGAAAAAACAACCGAUAAAGUGACCACAACCGCGUCAACCACAUCUUCUACCACCACGACUACGACGACUACGACUGGGACACCUCCCCCUGCAACGUCCACUGAAUGGCAGGACAUGGACGAGGUGGAGUCACAAAAGUUGGUCGACUUUGUAGUGAGUGAAAUUCAGAAGCUGAAAGUGGAACACAAGGAAUUAGAUGAUUGCCAGGAAUUGAACCUGUCGAGCGUUCUAAGUGGAAAAAAAUUGGCCGGAAAAGUCACAAAGUACAGCAUAACAUUGAAAGUUCAACCUCAGAUCAAGAAUAUUGAAUCCUGUUUACAGCAAAAUACGACCAUUACCAAUAUGCAUCCUGAAAUCUGCGAAGCUGAUGUCACCGAGGGAGACCAUGGAGGCACAGAGGGGAAAACACUUCUCAGAUCCACCUGUCUGCAAGUUGAAGAGCUUCAGGAUUAACCACUUUGUCCCACAGAUUCAAAGUUAUAUCUAGACCGAAGCACCCUUCGAUCCAAUAUGUAUCGCACGUCUUAGUAUAAGACUAUAUCCCAUUAGUUAUGUGUAAAAAUCGCAAUGUGUGUAAGCUGUUCAUGAUACAUAGAAUCGGGACAAGCAUGAUGACAAAUUAUUUCUGAAACAGUUUAAAACUGUCUUAUAGGAAAGUUAGACUCAGAGAGUCCACAUACACAAUGGCUUGUAGAUUUCAAAAUAUAAAUGCUAAUCAUUUAUUUCAUGUAUUUCUUUCGUACCAUCCGAGUAGUAGGAUUUAUGUAUAAUGCAUUUUUGUGACAAUGCUAGUAACUAUUAUUAUCAAAUGACAUAUUAUUAAUUCCGCUAUUCAUUCAUCUGUAUUAGUAUUUAAAUCAGAAAUCUAUACUUGAGUUUUUUCACUUUUUCAAGUUUUUCAUCUAUGUUUAUAUCUUGGUUUCGCAUUCUCUUUAAUUUCUUAUAUUAUUUAAACUUCAUCUUGCUUUCCUAAAAUAGGAAGAGGUUAUAGCAAGCAGCUCUUAAGUAUAUAAAAUAAAGGAUAUAACGAUGCAUGUCACUGAAUAUUUAAAUUUUAUGAUAUUAACUGAAUCGUCAAAUCUCCUUUUGUCUGAAAAUGAAGAUGUUAUAAAAAUACUCGAAGUAAACAUUUCACUAAAUGGUUAAUUUUUGUUUUCUUUCUUCCAAUCAUUUGAAAAAAAUAAGGACUUUCGCAUAGUGGCUUCAAUCAUUGCAUAACUCUCUCAUGAUCCAUAAUGGGUAUUAGUUAGAGGAGCAUUAAAUUAAAAAUGGCAAAGAUUGGAAGAUUGCAAAGACCAAGCUUGCAAUUACAGUUACCAACUUGCUAAUUCCAACUUACAUUAUUCCUUAUGUCAACAUUUACAUUAUUACUUAUUUAUGACACAUAUAUCCAUUAUUGCAUGAUGCAUUAAUGGAAUAAACCUGGAGAAAAUUUAAACUUUUCAUAUUAUAUGAUUUUAUUUAAUUUGCUCUUAUUAAUUAGAUCAUAUUCUCAAUUAAGUAAUAUUUGGCUUCUUUUGUUCACAUCAAAAAUAGUUAAAAAAAUACAUUACUGUAGGCAAAUUGGGGAGACAAAUUCUUAUCACUAAAUAUAUUGUUUGAAUAAAAAUAAUAAAUUUCGAGUCUCCCUUCAUGAUUGCUACUAAGAGAUGUUAUAUGUUGAUAACAAUAUCGUUAUUAUUUUUUUUUUAUUUAAAUGGCUUUCGGUAUUUGUAUAUAUCCAGUAUAUGCUAAUGGCAAACUUUGGCUCUGACUACAUGCCAAUAGCGAAUAUAGUCAAUAGAGUACAUGAGACCUUUGGCGAAUACUUGCUAGCUACAAUGUACAGGUACAGGUAGUACAGGUCUACAUAUAAUCUAUUGACACUUUAGCAAUGUUUUACGGAAAUCAAUUUAGUAACUUUCUAAUAAGUGUUUCAUAUUUAAAAAUUAGGUAUCUUGUAAACCAAAACCUAUUCCUUAGAUAAAAUUUAAAAAACAUUUUCACACCAAUACAUAUCUUUAAAAAAAAUCAUUUCAAACGAUAAAGUUUUCUCAAAUAUAUCAAAGCAUUUAUCAAAUUCAGCUUGGAAAUGUAUACUGAAUUUCUAGGCAAAAGGAGUUUUAAACAUUUCUUUACAGAAACAAUCUAUGAAACAUCGUAAUUUGUAUUAGAAUUUUACGUCAAUAUUCUUAAAACUUUAUUAACACAUUGCAUUCUUAUUAUCACAAAAUUACUUUCCCAAUUUAUAAGAAAAAUGCAUUUACAAAAAAUGGAACAAGUAUUAAAAGAUGCAAAAGUGUGGAAGAAAAGUAUUUCCUAAGAGUUCUUAAGGAAAUGCAUUAACAUAUCCAAAGAUAUUUUUCUUUAUCAUGAUGAAGAUUACUUGAAAGAUUAUCUUCAAUUUUAAUAGAGUCUUCCUUUUUUUGCAAACUUUUUUUUUACAUUGAAAACAGUAUAACAACUAUCAUAAUGGAUGUUAAUGAUUUCAACCAAACUCAUCAUGGAUUAAUUAAGAAAGAUUCUGUAUCAUCCAUCAUCAUUAAAGUAUGGAAAGUUGAAUAAUAAAUAGGUUGGAUCACAUGCAAUUAAUGAUUCAGCAAUUCAUAAUCAUUCCAAGCGUCAUUUUUAAGAUAUUUGAUAUAUUAUGUAUGGGAUUUUAGGAUUUUCUCUCAAAGUAGAUUACAUUAAAGUAAGUAGAAUUAACGCCACACUUCCACAAAUUUAUUUUAAAAAUGUUGUCAUUCAUCUUAUCAAAGAUUAGGUUCGUUUUUUUGAAAAAAAAAUGAGAAUUUUCGUUUCAUGAAGGAAUCAACUGUAUUUCUGCAUUUCAAUUAUAUAGCGUUCCUAGAAUUCGAAUUGUUGCUAAGUAAUUAUAAAAAAGUAAAGAUGGCAAUAUAUAAAUUAGGAUUCUUUUAGAUUCCUUAGAUUUAAAUAUCUGCAAAAAUUAAAUGCUUUCUUUUACUUUCAUAGCAGUUAUUCAUACGUAAGUUUUACUAGAAAUUUAACUAUGUUGCAAAAACACUUUCACAAUAUUAGUUAGGAUAAUUUAAAAUUUGUUUAAAUAAAAUAUGUAGUUUUAUUAAAAAUAUGGAAUAAGUUAUAAUUAAGAGUUAAAUAUUUGUUAUGAAAGCAUCAAACAUAUCUAAGAUACAACAUUGUAUAUUCAAUAAAAGAACGCUUUUAAUUAAUCGAAAAAAAAGACUCUACAAGGUUUUAAAUUCUAUUAAAUUAACUCGAAUUAUUAAAUUAUUUGUUAAUUUUCAAUUUUUAUUUCUAAUUGAAAUAAUUUUAUGCAAACACAGUUCAUGAUAUCGAGGAAGACAUAAAAUAUUCUGGAAUUUAAUUAUACUAAGAAUGGUAAAUAACAAACUAAAGCUAUAUCUAAAGGUUAAAAUUAAUAAAACAGACUAUGGAAGUCGUAAAAUGUUUAUAAGAAUGUUUUAAAAUGUGAUUACAGAAAUCAUAAAAUGUAACUAUUAUAUGUAUUAAGCAAAUUUAUCUUUCAAAUUAAAGAAUACUGGAAUAAUUAAAUAAAAUAAAAUGUCUGCUGAUUUCAAACAGUAAAGAAUAGUUUUAAAAAUAUAUCUUUAGAGACUUAAAAAUGUCUGAAAUUUUAACUCUACGCAAAAUUUUGACAAAUGUAAAAUAAAAUCCUUCAUUUAAUGCCAUUAUAUUUCACAUGCACUUUAUUGCACUGACACCAAUUGAAAUUUCUAUCAAAAAGUUUUAUAAAAAUUUGUUUAUUAUAUAUGUAUUCCUUAAAAUUUAAGAUUUAGUGAUUUAUAUUUAGAAGAAUAAUAGAUAAUAAUAUCUCUAAAGAAUUUAAUUGCCACUUGUAUACUUAUUUAAGCAUACAUUUAUUAGAUAGUUGUUCAGAAAUAUUAAUCAGGUGAGCAUUUGUUUGUUUCUUAUUUAUUCUGCUAACAAGGCCAAACUUUUUUAAUUUUGCUCUCAUAUUUGACACAGUUAACAAUAUUCUACUUUAUUAUGAUAUCUAAACAUAAAGUAGGAAUGUAUUAAAAAAACAUGUAUAUGUAAAUAAUG